UGUGAAUGUGCUUUACUUUAUCAAAUAUUGCUCAAAAUGGAAAGACAACUGUAACGAGACGCUUAAGACAACGGAACAAGCUAUAUACUUAAUUGGCCUGGUCCCUUUCACUAACUACACAAUUGAGGUAACCGUCAGAGCCACCUAUAAUGGUAAUGUGACUGGAUACCCGAGUGACAUUUCGGUGAGCUCCGUGACUUCUAUGGAAGAUGUUCCAGGGGGUGUUCCAAAAAUCCCAAGAGGGGCAUUUUGGAUUAAUAAUGAUGUCAUUACAAUAUUCUGGCAUCCCAUUGAGCCGAAGUUACGUCAUGGUUACGUCACUUAUCAUGCGUUCAUGGAAGAACCGGAAUUUUCAUUGCCAAAAACUAAAACUGAAACAUCUGCAACUUUUGAGUACACAAAUAAUGACGUCACUAGAUAUUAUGUAAGAAGUAAAACAACUUCUGAAAAUAUGUCACUGCCCAUUCCAUACAUCGACGUUCAUGGAAAGUCCAUUCGUCCGCCCCAUCCAUCCUGGAAUGUAUCAAUGGACAAUGGAACUGUGAUCUUCCAAUGGUUGAAUGAAGGCGUUGAACAUUCCCACACUGUCUUCUGGUGUAGAAGGAACCCAGCUUCACUAUGUCAAGGAGAACUUAACUCUGUAGAGAUACCAAAAGGAGUCAACAACUUCACGAUGAGUAACGUACCAGAUCCCGGGACUCAAUUGUUUGGGUUGUCUGUCGAAAACGAUUUGUCCAGCAGUGGAAUAGAAUGGGCGGAAUGUUCACAUAAUCUCAAUAUACAACCGACAGAAGCGCCAAAUAAUUUCGGCUUCACUGAAAAACAGGAGCCCGAAAGUCUUCAAGUGCGAUGGGAUCCAUACACUUGUGAUAAAUAUUCGGGCAUCGUUACCGGAUAUGACAUCAGAUACUGUAACCAGGCCGAAUGUAAAGUUGCAAAUGUCCCAUUUGGAUUAGAAUUCAUAUACACCAUCAGGCAGUUGGAGGGUGGACAGGGAUACAAUGUGACAAUACGAGCUGUUAACAACAUCGGGAGAAGCCCUAACUCUAAAAGGAUAACAAGAAUCGUAGCAAGUCAAAGGCCAAAGGUCAUCAUCGUGAUGAUUGUUUUGGGGUGUAUUUUGUUAUUUGUCCUGGUGUGCCUUGGUAUCUGGCAGACAAUAAGAUGGAUGGAAAACUAUGCCAAAAGGACUAAGCAAAAUAUAACAAUACCAGAACACGCAAAUGACAGACGUGAUAAUGUUCACCACCUGGUGAAUACAAGUUCAUAUGUGGCAUACAGAAAUGAUAGUGGUUAUUGCACCAUCUCUGUCACUGGAAGUUAUGGUUCAGAUCCACCUCUUGAUAUGGAACCUGAUGUGAUCAUAUAUAAGGAUGUUGAAAAGACCACAGCUGGACAGAGUAAUGGCCAGAAUAAAUCGGGUAUUAGACAUGACGUAACAUUUGAUGACAAUACAAACAGCUGUUUGGACGACCAUCCGUUACAUCAAGAAAAUAACACAGCGCCUGGAGGAAUAGCCACAACUCGCCCACUUGCACCCGAAGGCCAAACACAAGUAGAUGUGGUGCCGCACAGAAUGCAGACUGUUCCAAUGCCUGGCGAUUACUGUGCUACCACGACUGAUGUGAAUACUACCAGUACUCUAUUCGAUCAUGCGAAAGAUCAAGAUGAUAACCGUAAUUCAAGAGAAAAGUCUGUUGAAGUAGAUGUAGGACUACCCAGGAUGCGUAUUGUUCCUAUUUAUGAUGAUUACUGUGCCAUCGCUUUGCAUGAUAACAAAUCCUUAUUCAAAAAUACAGAGAGACAACGCAGUAAUAACAAUUCAGAGAAGUUUAUUGCAAUGAAACCCCCAUCCAUUGGAGAAUCGGAUGAUGAUCAGCAAAACGCAGUCGAUCUUACGGCGAAAGAUAGUGGAGGCGUUACAACGGGACUACGAGUUCCAAGAUCACCGCGAUCAAGUGUUACAUCAUUGCCUAAUUUCAUAAACGCAUUCAAUACAGAUACCCCGUUGCAAAGACUAAAUGAAAAUGCAAAUUCAACUGUCGAUGCAAAUGAACAAAAUGGACAACAACAACAAAAUGGAGAAACGAACAAAGCUUUGACAGGCUCAUCGGAGCAAAUAGUACCCCAUGACAAACGAGUGAACACUGUAUGUUUAACCAGCCCAUUUAUGAAUGAGACACCUCAAACAAUUUACGGCGGGAACACUUCAAUCGGAACAGCAGAAAACUUUCUAACUGAUAAAUCUUCUGCAAAGAAUUCAAAAUUGCUGGAGUCAAACGGUUACUUGCCCCAUGAUUGCAUCCCGCAAAACAAAGAUGAUGAAAUCCCUUUAGCGCAAGAUGAUGAAGGAUACGUAUCCCAUGCUCUUGUGCAAGCAAAUAAUAAUAUUACUAAAGAGAUUGGCAAAGAGAGGAAGUGCAUGGUACAAAGGGCUGACUCUGGCUAUACAGAGUUCUGAAAGAGAAUAGAUAUGUUAUCCAUAGAUUUAACCAAAUUAUAUAAAAAUUAGGAAAGUAUUAGGUAUUAAAACCCCAUACACGUGACAAACAUGAACUGGCCUUGAUCUUUUGCACAGUAACUAGGGCUUGUGAAAGGAUAACAAAUGGAACGCGUGUAAAUGAUUAAUUGAUUUCAUAGAAUUAACGUAAUUCUGAAAACAUUUAGAAACUAUG